AGCUUCUCCACGGUGCGCAUGCGCAGACGGACAGACAAACCUGACAACAAGCCGUAGGAUGUGAGCAGCAGAAGCGGCCACAUCGCUUCAAUUCUUCAAAUAACCGAGAGUCAAAUGAACAAAGCAUCCCCAUCAUUUCAUCUUCAUCUCACGUAAAAUAUAACCGGCUUUCUACGUUGUCAUUAUGCCGAGCAGUAAGCCUGAAAAACAGGAGGCCAGCGAUAAUGUCAAAGUUGUGGUGCGAUGCCGUCCCCUCAAUCAGAAAGAAAAGGUGAUGGGCAGCAAGCAGGCCGUCGUAGUGGACGAGAUCCGUGGGACCAUCACGGUGAACAAGCUGGAGACUCCCCAUGAGCUUCCUAAAACCUUCACUUUCGACACUGUGUUUGGCCCUGACAGCAAACAGUUGGAUGUGUACAAUCUCACUGCCCGCCCUAUCAUUGACUCAGUGCUGGAGGGCUAUAAUGGCACAAUCUUUGCCUACGGACAAACUGGCACAGGAAAAACAUUCACCAUGGAAGGAGUGAGAGCCGUGCCUGAACUCAGAGGGAUAAUCCCAAAUUCCUUUGCUCAUAUUUUUGGUCACAUAGCCAAGGCAGAGGGUGACACCAGAUUUUUGGUACGGGUUUCGUACCUGGAGAUUUACAACGAAGAAGUGCGGGACUUGUUGGGCAAAGAUCAGAUGCAGAGGCUUGAGGUCAAAGAAAGACCAGAUGUAGGCGUGUACAUCAAGGACCUCUCUGGUUACGUUGUGAACAAUGCUGAUGACAUGGACAGGAUCAUGACUCUUGGUCAUAAAAACCGAUCUGUUGGUGCUACAAACAUGAAUGAGCACAGCUCUCGUUCUCAUGCUAUCUUCACCAUCACUAUUGAGUGCAGUGAGAAGGGUGUAGAUGGGAACCAGCAUGUUCGAAUGGGGAAGUUGCACCUGGUUGAUCUGGCAGGUUCAGAGAGACAGGGAAAGACCGGAGCCACAGGGCAACGUUUGAAGGAAGCAACAAAGAUCAAUCUUUCCCUCAGCACACUGGGGAAUGUCAUCUCUGCCCUGGUGGAUGGCAAGAGCACCCAUGUUCCAUACAGAAAUUCAAAGCUGACCCGUCUGCUGCAGGAUUCACUUGGAGGAAACUCAAAGACGAUGAUGUGUGCAAAUAUCGGCCCUGCUGACUACAACUACGAUGAGACCAUCAGCACCCUGCGCUAUGCUAACAGAGCGAAGAACAUCAAGAAUAAAGCCAGAAUCAACGAAGAUCCAAAGGAUGCUUUACUACGGCAGUUUCAGAAGGAGAUCGAGGAGCUGAAAAAGAAACUGGAAGAAGGUGAAGAGAUCUCUGGUUCUGACGGCAGUGGGUCAGAGGAAAUUGAUGAAGGUGAUGAGGAAGUGAGCGAUGUAGGAGGACGCAGGAGGAGGAGGGGAAAGAAGAAGGUUUCUCCAGGCAAGAUGGUGGAGAUGCAGGCAAAGAUAGAAGAAGAGAGAAAAGCGUUAGAGGCCAAGUUGGACAUGGAGGAGGAGGAGAGGAACAAGGCCAGAGCAGAGCUGGAGAAAAGGGAGAAGGACCUCUUUAAAGCCCAGCAGGAGCAUCAGCUUCUCUUAGAGAAAUUAUCUGCCUUAGAGAAGAAGGUGAUAGUGGGAGGAGUGGACCUUCUGGCCAAGGCUGAGGAGCAGGAGAGGCUCCUGGAUGAAUCGAACAAUGAACUCGAAGAACGUCGCAAGAGAGCCGAGCAGCUGCGUAAGGAGCUUGAAGAGAAGGAGCAAGAACGUUUAGACAUAGAAGAGAAGUACACCAGCCUGCAGGAGGAGGCUCAAGGGAAGACCAAGAAGCUGAAGAAAGUCUGGACCAUGCUUAUGGCUGCUAAAUCAGAAAUGGCAGAUCUGCGACAAGAGAACAGCAGAGAGAUCGAGGGCCUCCUGGAAAACAUCCGCCAGCUGAGCCGAGAGCUGCGGCUCCAGAUGCUCGUCAUAGACAACUUUACCCCCCAGGAAUACCAGGAAAUGAUCGAAAAUUAUGUCCACUGGAAUGAAGAUAUUGGCGAAUGGCAGCUGAAAUGUGUGGCUUACACUGGAAACAACAUGAGAAAACAGACCCCCGCGCCAGACAAAAAGGAAAAAGACCCCUUUGAGGUGGAUCUGUCCUACGUGUAUCUAGCAUAUACAGAGGAGAGCAUGCGGCAGUCACUGAUGAAACUAGAGAGGCCCAGAACCUCAAAAAGUAGCAAGAGUGGCAGACCUAAAACAGGAAGAAGGAAAAGAUCAGCAAAGCCAGACGCAGCGAAUGAGUCCCUUCUGCAGUGAUGAAGUGGUCCACGUUUCACAGCAGCAUUCAUGUUAACCCAAACGGAACGUAUUUAGUCUCACUUCUGGGUGACCAGUAGAGCAUUUCUGUGUACACUGUAACAAGGUUUUAAAUGUGAAAGAGGCACACCUUUAGUAUGGUGGCGGGGGCGUCACGUGCAGAGGAACACUACUUUGACCAUUCUUUGGAGCACUUUUCAGAGUACAGCUUCAUGAAAAUCACAAUAAAUAUGAAGGAACUGAUGAAGACGAGCUUGUUUUGUCUACAAACUUCAAAGUGUUUUUCUGAGAUGUGGUGGGCUGCAUUAACACACGGUUAAACGUUCACAAAGAAUGACUAAUGUUCUCUUCAUUUCCUGCAGCCUGACAGAUUCGAGUCUAAGGAAACACUAAAUACAUGCAAUUAAAUUCCACUAAUUAUUCUCUAAAUUACAAAGCUCUAUUGAUGGGUUCAGUUGGCAUCUAAAAAACAGGAGAAAAGGAAACGUAAUGUAACUCUGUAAAUAAAAAAACGUGCUUUCCUUUAAGUCAGAAAGCAGAAGCAUGCUGUCCAGCUCGUCCAUCGGUGCCAUUUGUUACUCUGAGCAGGUCAUCUUUAUUUUUAAGUGUUAACACGCUUGUGGGAAUGCAUUUUCAUUUGAUGGUGUUCUGUAGUGGUUGCAAACUGAAUUCAUGUUCUGUCAAAUGUUUACACCAACAAACCUCUGGAUUUUAUUUAUUAAAUUAUUAUAUCUGUCUAUCAGA